AUGGUUAAAGUGUGGCGACAAAUUCAGGAGAAUCAUGUUGAGGAGUAUCUCCACAGGAAAGACCUUUACACCACACUCCUCAUGACUCUCCUGAAGCCUGGGGGAAUCGUGUCAGCCUUAGGACACACGUUUGAGGCUCCACCUCCUCAAAGAGAGCUUCCCUCGGCUCGCCUGCUUCGCCAUGCUUUCCUUCUGGCGGAGGCCAGCAACGUACAGGACUACAGGAACCAGAUUCUCUCCACUUUUGGCAAAGUGCUAAAGAUGGACUCCACUAAAAAGGUGGUGAAGAAGCUGUCUGGGGAGGGUAAAGGCACGGCGGAGUGGUUUACCAGCAUAGGCAAUGAGCAUUCGCAGAUUGUCUCAUUUGUUCUUACCUGUGAAGAGUCCACUCGGUGUCUGAAGCCAAUGUGUCAGGGAGUAAUGGACCGCUUCCACCAGGCCAAUCAACCUGUGCCCAACAUCUUGUACAUUGACCGCGGGUGUUGUCGGGCACAAGGCCCGAGCGCUGUGGAGAGCUUAUUCCAGACGUUGGUUGAGAAUGGUAUGGUGGUGCGUUUGGACAUCUUCCACUGGAUACAUCGCUUUGAUGCAGCCAUUCGUACAGACAGCCACUCCAAGUACGCUGUGUUCAAGUCUGCCCUAGCAGGAGCGGUGCUGGCCUACAACCGCACAGACUUGGAGCUGCUCAUCAAAGCUGUUAGAGCGAAGGACCCGACAGUUUUUCACACCGUGGCUGAUGAAGACAUGAUGCGACUUUAUGUAUCCAGGGAACAGCUGAAGCACCACGUUCGCAGAGUCACACUUGGGGCUCAGGAGACCUUCCGGCUUGUCCAGAUAGCCAUAGAUGAGCUCAAAGGUCCUGCUGGGCUAGACGAGAGUGGAGUCAGCCUCUUCAAAUCGGCAGAAGCAAUAGACGGUGUAUGGGAAGGCCAGCAACGACACCUAGAGUGCAUUCAGGAUCCUCCAGAGAUGAGCAUGUACAGAGUGGCUCAUAGCACCAACAUCAACGGGGUGGACCUUCCUUAUUUCAAAUGUCUCCGUGGAAGCAACAGCCUGGAAGGAUUCCACAAAACACUGCCUCACAUGAUACCAGACUCUCAGAUCGAUCGCUCCUCGUUCCUGGAAAGAAAUCUUCAAAUGAGUCCCCACUGUGCUGCACGUCCAUAUCAAGUUUACCUGAUUAGUGGAAUCGCUCGGUGGAACUCAGACCGCAGCUCUGAUGCUGUGUUUGGUGGGAAAGGCAGAAAACUUAGAUCCUACUCUGCACCUCUGAUCGAGCGCCUUAACACCCGCUGCCAGCAGCUGUUUGGAGAAACCGUGGAGAAGAAUUUCCAAGCCCCUGCUGCUGUGACAUCAAAUGAGCUGCUUGGUUUGGAGUACCUCUUUAGCCAAAGCACAGGUGAAUCUGUUGCCUUCUCCCUCAGUGACCUCUCAAAGGAUGGUCCCAGUCCAGAGGAGGAAGUGGUUCAGCCAGACGAGCUUGACCCCAAUGAGGAUGACGAGGCCUACCAGAGCGACCCAGAGGCAGACCAGGACAGGAUGACUACUGACCCGGCCCACAUAAACCUUACCAUGGAGGAAACCACCACUGCUUACCCUCCGGCCUUUGAGGAUGCCUGUAGCCCCAACCCGCUGCCUGGAUUCCAGCAGCCGGAAAACUUCUGUUCUCUGCUUGUGGAGAUUGGCAAGACUGAGAAUAAGCUGAGCCUGAUGACAGGGCAAAGGAACAGGCUCGUCGCCGCAUGGCACGCUGUAAUGGAACAUGACAAGCAACCACAGAAGUUUCAUCAUCUGUACAGAACACAAUGGGGUAACACGUUGUAUUGCCACACAAAGAGGGACGAUCAUGCUGAUGCUGCUGUGAUUCAGCGGGUCAAGAUGGCCAAACACUACGCACCGGCUCAGCAGGACAUCAGCGCUCAGCAAAACCGACUAAUGUACACACUGGUCAAACUUCUUUGGCUGGGCUUACCUCAAAGAUCCAAAGCAAGCCCAGAAAAACACCCAUUCUGA